GUUACACGCAAUCCGUUAACUUUGACACAAGCAUGAGGACCUUCAUCGCUCUCUUCGCCCUUGUGGCAGUUGUGGUUGCCGACGUUCCCUUCGUGCGGUCUCCUGAGGCUGACGCUCCCAUCAUCAGCCAAGACGCUGAUGUCUUCCCUGACCAAUACCAAUACAAAUAUGAGACCGGUAACGGUAUUUCCGCUUCUGAGACUGGAGUAUUGAAGAACGCUGGUCGCGAGGACGAAGCUCUGCAAGUCGAAGGACAGAACAGAUACACGGCACCUGACGGUAGCGUCAUCGUUGUGACCUACAUCGCCAACGAGAACGGAUACCAACCACAGGGUGCUCACCUCCCCGUCGCCCCCGAACCUGAACCCAUCCCCGAAUACAUUCUCCGCUCCAUCGAGUACAACCGCCUUCAUGCCCCAAAAACCAUUGACGGUCAAAGACGUUAAGAAGAAUGUAAACCAAACCAUCUACAAUACUCAAUAAUAUCUUGUUAACUACACUGCCUAUUAAAUAUGUGUCUAGUCGCUCCGUAAUAGUUUAAUUAGAAAAGUCCACAAAUUA